ACAGCGCGGGGGCGGUUGUCAUCCGGUUGUCUCAUGACAAUUUCAUUCUCGUUUUGUCAUUUUUCUCAGUUAGCUCAUUUUUGUCAUUUUAGUCCAUUGUUAGGCAUGCUCGAUGACUACUCCUUCGGAGAGCGGUCGUUGCGGAGGAGGGGCCGGGAGCGUGUGUUAACCCGGAAGAAGUGAACCAGGAAGUCAACGUGAUUUCGGGUACUGUGCACAGUUCGUUCCUGAUCUUCCCCGCCGCCUCCUGUAUUACCUCUUUAUGGAAUCACUCCAUAUACUGAGUUACACAGCAUGGUUUGCCCGUGCUGCUGCCCCGCGGGCUGUCGCUUCUGACCUGCCUACACUCAGAACUUUCCCCAAAGCAUCAGAGUAAUACUGUUACUGUCAUGGGUAAUGGAGAAGUCGUGCUGUUCUCAGAUGCUGAGAUGAAUCGUCACCUGUGUGUUUGGCUUUUUAGACAUCCAUCUCUUGGUGGUUACCUCCAGUGUCACAUCCAGCUCCAUUCUCAUCGAUUUAGACAGAUACAUCUUGAUACAAGGCUGCAAGUUUUUAGACAAAACAGGAAUUGCAUUUUUCAUCUGUUAAGUAAGAAUUGGUCCAGGAGAUAUUGCCAUCAAGACACCAAGAUGCUUUGGAAGCAUAAAGCACUACAGAAAUAUAUGGAGAACCUGAAUAGGGAGUACCAAACACUUGAGCAAUGUCUGCAGCAUAUCCCUGUGAAUGAACAGAACCGAAGGUCCUUGAACAGAAGGCAUGCUGAGUUGGCACCUCUUGCAGCCAUUUACCAAGAAAUUCAGGAGACUGAACAAGCAAUUGAAGAAUUAGAAUCAAUGUGUAAAAGCCUAAAUAAACAAGAUGAAAAGCAGUUACAAGAACUUGCACUGGAAGAAAGGCAAACCAUUGAUCAAAAAAUCAACAUGUUGUACAAUGAGCUUUUCCAGAGCCUUCUGCCAAAGGAGAAAUAUGACAAAAAUGAUGUUAUUUUAGAGGUGACAGCUGGAAGAACUACUGGAGGUGACAUCUGCCAACAAUUUACCCGAGAAAUAUUUGACAUGUACCAGAAUUAUUCGUGCUAUAAACACUGGCAAUUUGAACUUCUGAAUUAUACACCCGCAGAUUAUGGUGGACUACAUCAUGCAGCUGCCCGAAUUUCUGGUGACAGUGUCUAUAAGCAUUUGAAGUAUGAGGGUGGGAUUCACCGAGUUCAGCGUAUCCCCGAGGUGGGCCUGUCCUCAAGGAUGCAGCGCAUUCACACAGGAACAAUGUCGGUUAUUGUCCUUCCUCAACCAGAUGAGGUGGAUGUGAAAUUGGACCCCAAGGAUUUGCGAAUAGAUACAUUUCGAGCCAAAGGAGCAGGAGGGCAGCAUGUUAAUACAACUGAUAGUGCUGUCAGACUUGUCCACAUCCCCACAGGGCUAGUAGUAGAAUGCCAACAAGAAAGAUCACAGAUAAAAAAUAAAGAAAUAGCUUUUCGUGUGUUGAGAGCUAGACUCUACCAGCAGAUUAUUGAGAAAGACAAGUGUCAGCAACAACGUGCUAGAAAACUGCAGGUGGGAACAAGAGCCCAGUCAGAGCGAAUUCGGACAUACAAUUUCACCCAGGAUAGAGUCAGUGACCACAGGAUAGCAUAUGAAGUUCGUGAUAUUAAGGAAUUUUUGUGUGGUGGGAAGGGCCUGGAUCAGCUAAUUCAGAGACUGCUUCAAUCAGCAGAUGAAGAAGCCAUUGUUGAACUUUUGGAUGAACACCUUAAAUCAGCAUAAUAAAUACUGACUUAUUAUUAUUUAUGAUUAUAUAAAUGAAAUGGACCUAUAUCAAGAGGCAGACUGAGGUUUGGAAAUCUUUAUGAAUACUUGUAAAUUACAGCUAUAAGAACACAUUACACAUAAAUAUAUGUUUUUUAAUGAAU